AGCAAAAGAAACCAAUCACAGCCCCGGCACCUCGUCGAAACUGGUCGGGAAACAAAACGACCAUAGAACUGGAUCGAGUGACCAAAAUUGCGAAUGAAAUUUGUAAGGAAGACUCGUCCGAUCACGCGGCGGACGCAUCCUGCACUACGGGUAUAAAGCGCAAACUGGAUAAAGUCAAUUCACCUUUUCCAAUGCCACAACCGGGGUCUGCUGACGCAUUUGACCGAACUCAGUUGCUUCUCAAUUUCGAACAAAUGGUGUUCGAGCAUAUACCUCUCCCACCGGAGCUGGAGGAAAAAAACAAAUCAAGUAAACCAGAAUGUAGUGGUUUCGUGGCUAGCAAGGUACGAUGGGCGCCGUCUGUAUGUGUGUUUGCGCAACCGAUUUUCAGCCGAACCAACGGAUCAAACUCGACCGAAGUGUUGUUCCAUAAGUUACUUUUUUCUACAAUGGUUGUGAUCAAGCGGUUCACGCUACUGUUGCUUACGUGCUCCCGACUGAUGCUGUAA